CUCUUGCAAUUUGUUACUCUGUUCUUCUUUACAAUACAAGCGCAGUUGGGGAAUUUAUUAUGAAGGGGAAGCAAGUGGAAACUCCCAAAACAGUAUGCGCAUGCCCCCAGCAUUAGGGACUUUUAUUUCAGAAGUUUGGCUACCGCAGCCUAUAAAAGUAACCGACAACCGAUUAUAGCCCAUUUCUCAGUCGAAACACACAAAUUGAUGCACUGAUGUAAUGUAGCCUAUAUCGUUCUGUUAGAUUAACAGGUAUGUUACAAUGUAACGAAAAACGCGAGAUUUUACCUGGAGCUUGCAACUUCAGUUACACGCUCUCAGCAAAUCUAUGUCAUGCUGUGUGGUGGAAAGGCUGUGCGUGUACUUGUUGAGCUCCAGGACAAUCACAGAGUACGAGAGCCAGGUGAUCAGGUCACAGGGAACAGACAUGCAGAAGGCUGCCAAACUGCUGCAGGUGGUGUUGAAGAAGGGUCGCAACGCCUGUCAGCUCCUUUUCGACUCACUAGAAAAGUGCUGCCAGUGCCCACCACUGUUCGAAAGAGUCACCGGCCUCCCAGAGAGGAGGAGGAGCAACACUGCCCCAACUUACGUCAUCAACAUCAGCCAUUCCAAUUUGAGUAACUGCAUCAUUGGAGACUGCAACUUUCAAGGUGUGGCAACAUGUAUACAACAACUUCAGAGCAUGGGUUCAGAGCAUGCUAUGCAUGAGACGAUGGGAAGCAACACCACCAGUGACCACCAGAGAGCAGUACAGGCCUGUCCAGAGCCAGAGCGCCAGAGGAGUGUCCAGGUCUACGGGUCCCAGCUGCAGUAUGUCAUCAUCGGGGACAACAACAGCCUGCAGGCUGGAGACACACAGGAAGAGGAAGACGAAGACAUGGAACUCAUUAAUGAACGUAACUGAUGGGAUUUGUGUAGGGCAUUUUCCAGAUGCUCAAAGCGGUUUACAUUGUAUUGGGGAAACUCACCUCAUACACCACCAACUAGUUUCCAUUUAAGUCAUUGAGCAAACGCUCUUAUCAAAUCAAAUCAAAUCAAAUUGUAUUGGUCACAUACACGUGUUUAGCAGAUGUUAUUGUGGGUGUAG